AUGACCAAAUUCCGCCCUUGUAUUGACCUGCACUCGGGGCAGGUGAAGCAGAUUGUCGGAGGCACAUUGAGCACCGUGGCUGCGGAUCUCAAGACGAACUACGUCUCCAAACUCCCGGCGAGCCACUAUGCGGCCCUAUAUCAGAAGCACAACCUCCGUGGCGGUCACGUUGUCAUGCUGGGACCCGGGAAUGACGACGCUGCGAAGGAAUCUCUCCGGACGUGGCCGGGUGGGCUGCAGGUUGCGGGGGGGAUCACGGAUAAGAAUGCCCAGUAUUGGAUCGACCAGGGUGCGGAGAAGGUGAUCAUCACCUCCUUCCUCUUCCCCGAAGGCAAAUUCUCCCAGGAACGUCUAGAAUCGGUACUGGCUGCGCUGGGCGGAGACAGGUCGAAGCUGGUCUUGGAUCUGAGCUGCCGGCGCAAAGACAACACCUGGUUUGUAGCCAUGAACCGCUGGCAGACCAUUACAGAGAUGGAGAUCAACCAAAAAUCCAUCUCGCUGCUCGAGCCCUACUGCUCGGAAUUCCUCAUCCACGCCGCCGAUGUGGAGGGACUGCAGCAAGGCGUGGACGAAGAGCUCGUGUGUAAGCUCUCCCAGUGGUGCACCAUCCCCAUCACCUAUGCUGGCGGUGCGCGCAGUCUGCAGGACCUGGAGAAAGUCCACGCCAGUAGCCAAGGCAAGGUGGACUUGACGAUCGGGAGCGCUUUGGACAUCUUUGGGGGUUCUGGGGUGACUUUUGACGAGUGUAUUCAGUGGAACCAGUCGCAUUAG